UUUACAUGUGUAUACAUAUUUCCGAAACAAUAUUGUGUGACUCCAACUCUGAGAAAGCUCGAUCUGUACACACAUCCGUUUAUAUCUGGACAAUUAGACGAAUUUUCCGCGUUAACUUCUACAAACAAAGCAUAUGUCCGUGGUCUGAAUCUGGCUGAAUUUGUUUUCGUAUCGAUGCAUUUACUCGCUUUAUUUGGCGCAGCAACUACACUGCCUAGUGGGCGCACAAACUUAACAGACAAUAAAAAAAAAAAAAAACACCCGCGUUUACACAGUCACACUUAGACCACAUACAAUUGAUACAAACUAGUCGCAUUAUCUUAUCUUUAGUGCAGAAGUGUGUGCUCCCCUCCAAAACUGAACUGCAACAAGCAGCAGCUACCGGAUCGUACCCAACUAUCAUCUCACCUCAAGAAAAGUGUAUUUGCACAAGCGCGUCGUGACCACCCACCCAUAUCCCGGAACAGUGUAAACGGGUGUCGCCAUAGCAAGCCAAAAAUAGUUGCGUGUUAUCCAGCAGCGACACAUUGCUGGCCACUCGCACCUGUUCUGAGCUUGUGGUAGCCCUGCUUGUCGCAGCAAGUUACCCCUUGCUAUACUCUAGUGGCCGCAACAGUAAGAUGGUAAAUUGUUUAAGACCUGCGUGACAAAUACAGGCCACAUGUUAUCCCGUAGUGGGAAGAGCUUGCUCCGUUUUCAGCGAUUGUCGCAGUGCGGGUAUUGGCGACGUGGAAAUGACGAUUGGUGUGCAUGGCAAGAGUAGUACUACUGCAGAGGAAGAAACAUCUCCACUAUAAUCGUAAACAACCAUCUGUCAUCAGAAGUGAAGUGAGGAGAGAGCUGUUGAGUGUCCAUAUGGUGCAGUCCCACAAAGGAAUUCGGUCGCGCUGCACGUUAUAUUGGUGUCGAUAGGAAAGCAUGCGUCUGUACGUGAAAAAGCUUCUACAGAUUCUUCUGGCAGGAUUCUUGCUCGUUGUCAUUUAUCUCAACUUAAACGUUAUGGACAUGGGAUUCGACGCUCAACAUCGCAAUGGUGCCCUUCCAUGGGGAGGCAACUUCCGGCAUGCUCCUCGGCAUCUGCCGACUUUCUUCGGUAAGGGCAUCCACGAUUACGUUUUACAUAACCGACUGAUGCAGAACUCAUCGAGACCUUUCGUUUUAAAGAGACCUUCCAUUUAUCCAAGUCUUGAUCAAUAUUCGGACGACAGAAUCGUUAGCCAGCUUCAAUUCAUUCCUCAAUCCCUACAAGACCAAAAAGAAGUUCCUCUAAAGAAGAUUCUCGUAUAUAGUGGCUUGUCAAGCUGGAGCAUUCCUCGUGGGCAAACCUUAUUUAAAGAGCAAAAGUGCGCUGUGAGUAGCUGUACUCUACUUGACGAACACUCAAAGCUCGAUGAAGCAGAUGUUGUCCUUUUUCAGCAUUCGGUAAGUCAAAGAGACCCUAAGAAGUCCAUGAAUCAGAUUUGGGCAUUGUUUAUGCUGGAGUCGCCAUACCAUACCAUGACAUUUUCUUCGAGCCGUUCUUUUUUCAACUGGACGGCUACAUAUCGUCACGACUCCACCAUUGUUGCUCCUUACGAAAAGUUCGUGCCUUUUAAUUCGUCUGUGCAGCCGCCCCGGCCCAAGAACUAUGCAGAAGGCAAGACGAAGAAGGUUGCCUGGUUUGUCUCCAACUGUGGAGCAAGGAAUGGCCGACGGCAAUAUGCCAAUGAACUAUCUCAAUAUAUCCAAGUUGACAUUUAUGGUGCGUGCGGGACGCUUAAGUGUCCUCGAUUCCAGAACAAUAAAUGCUUUGAGAUGCUGAACAAAGACUACAAGUUUUACCUGGCCUUCGAGAACUCGAAUUGCAGGGACUACAUCACAGAAAAAUUUUUCAUCAAUGGACUCAAGCAUGACGUGAUUCCAAUUGUGAUGGGCGCGGCCCCCGAGGACUACCAGAGAGCAGCGCCGCCACAUUCGUUCAUCCACGUUGACGAUUUCGAAUCGCCCAAGGAGCUAGCAGAGUAUCUGCUGAAGCUGGACAAAGAUGACACGCUUUAUAACAGCUAUUUUGCCUGGAAGGGAACUGGUGACAUCAUCAACACGUUCUUCUGGUGCCGAAUGUGCGCCUUGGCAAACGAUGUUCCCAACCGUGGACCUUCUUGGUUUGAAGACGUUGAGUCCUGGUGGCGUGGACCCGGAGUGUGCAUCGGUCAGCAAACCUGGCGGCGGACGCCACAUAACAAAACUAUUGCAGAUCUUGCCAUUACGCUGAAGGAGAGGACGUUAGCAACAUCGAACUAGGAGUAGCAUUUUUGUUCUCUGGAGGCAGUCUGCCAAUGAGCCAAAACAAAAGUCUUACCCGCCCAACCCCCAUAAAAAAAACAAAAGUGUAUUAUUUUAAUGUUCAGACAUAAAGGAUAUGUUAAAUUAAGGACUAAUUGUAGAGGUGAAUAUUGGUUUAAAUAAUGAUUCUCAUCUUCCUGAUUUAGAUACAUAGUAUGGCAGUGAGAGAGAUUAGAUGGGCACCGCCCAUAUGUAAAGCUGGCCCCGAGAAAAGUGGUCUCUAACACCUCACCCCCAACGACCCGAAAAGGUUAGGAGAUGACCUUUACCUUUACUUUAUUUUUGUUGCUGUCUCGGACAGCUUUUUGUGUUGUUAAUGGUUAUUUUUACUACCAAAAUUAUACUAACCAGCUGUCUCAAAGUGUGUAUGCAUAUGAAUAUUGUUGCUGCAUCUUUUCAUACUCUUUCAUUUCUACACAAUCUUGCCUGUUAAAUGAAGAACGUAAAGUGAAUCAAAACACUGAUUUUCAAAAUUAUAGAAGCACACUUGAUAAUUGAUUGUAUAUUACUUGAAAGACUAACACUUGAUUGAAAAUUAAAUCAGAAUAAAUUGUUGAAAGUAUAAA